GAGAGUAAAGGGGACAGAGUGAUGGAACCCCUUCUGUCCAGCGAGAUGGAGGGAGGAGAGGCGAAAGAAAGGAGGAAAAUCCAGUUCUCCGUUCCCUCUUCGGUACCGAUUCAGCUGGACCCACGGCAAGUAGAAAUGAUCCGACGGAGGAGGCCAACGCCCGCGACUCUCUUCAGACUGACAGACCACCCUACUCCUGAGGACGACCUCUGCAGCCACCAGAAUACAACAGAAGAAAACGGUGUCCUGAAACACAUGAGAUCAAACAUUGCAGUUUACCAGCCCCCAUCACUCCAAGUUGUACAGAAGAUGGCUCAGGCCCACAUGCUGAAGUUUCAGAGUUCACCAGAGGGGGGCAGCACCUCACUAAGCCCGGACAGUGAUGAGGACUUUCCGGAGGAUUCCGAGCCUACCGACCAAUCAGAAGAGCGCAUGGGGUCAAAGGUCACAGCGGUUGAGUUACCUAACAUUCUGCAAACGGAACCACCAGAUGAGGAGGGGGGCGGAAAAUAG